AUGAAACAACCGUCACUCACAGACCUUCGCUUCAUUUCACCCAUGGCAUUGAGGUCGUGGUUUGCAUCCAAAUCGCCUUCCGGUAAUGGAAAGUUUGCUGUGGUCGACGUCAGAGAUUCUGACUUUGUUGGUGGUCACAUAAAAGGCUGCUAUCACUACGCAGCCGGCGAAAUAUACGAGACUUUACCUGAGCUCCGUCGCCGUCUCCUUGAAAACAAGAUCGAUGAUGUUGUUUUUCAUUGUGCCUUAUCGCAAGUACGGGGCCCGAAAUCAACACUAGUGUUUUUGAGAUCUUUGCAGGACUUGCCCAGUAAAGAACGCGAGGAUUUCAAGGAUAUGAACGUAUGGGUGUUGUCGGGUGGGUUUACUGCUUGGCAAAGACUCUACGGCAAAGACAAAGAAGUCACGGAGGGCUAUCAAGAGGACAUUUGGGCUUAA